AUGAGUUCGUUUCGCGGCGGUGCUGACCCUGGCGGCUCACAUGCAGGAGGCCCACUGUCCUCGCGAGCUGCCCUACAGCUGCGGCGCGUGUCCGUACUGCGCCUCCGACAAACAUCGCCGGGCCACCAGCUAGUCUGUCCGCACUGGCUCAAGGUUCGUUUCGCGGCGGUGCUGACCCUGGCGGCUCACAUGCAGGAGGCCCACUGUCCUCGCGAGCUGCCCUACAGCUGCGGCGCGUGUCCGUACUGCGCCUCCGACAAACAUCGCCGGGCCACCAGCUAG